AUGGGAAAUUUUAUGGGUAGGCAGGCUCAGGAAAGGGCCGCUACGAUUGCCGAGGCUGCUGUGGCUGCAGCAACUGCUGCUAUUAAUGGGAAUCAAGCCCAGCAAGAACAAGCUCAACCAGUGGUGGCAAAUCGGCAGAUGCACCAGCUGGUAGAGCAAUUUCUUAAGUUGAAACCGCCCAAGUUUACGGGUCGAGGUGACCCCGAAACCGCCCCACGUUGGGUGGAAGAGUUAGAAAAGGCGUUUGAUUUACUGGGGUGCACUGAAACCGAGAAGAUUACUCUGGCAACAUACCAAUUGCAGGAUAAUGCAAAUGACUGGUGGAAAGCCAUCAAAGAUAGGGUGUUUCCCGAGGGUGUAGACCAGACCUGGACUGCAUUUGUUGAGAGCUUUUACGGGCAAUACUUUUCGGAGAGUGCCCAGGAGAAGAAAAUGGCAGAGUUCAUGAGACUUCGUCAAGGAUCAAUGACGAUAGUCCAGUAUGAGGCAGAGUUUGCGAGACUAUCGAGGUUUGCUCCGAGAAUGGUGGAAAAUCCACUGGACAAGGCUCGAAGAUUUCGGGAUGGUUUGAAACCAGAUCUUCGUACUCAGAUGCUCCUAUUGAACAUUCGAGAUUACAGAGAAUUGUAUGAGCGAACCCAAAUAAUGGAACGAGAUCAGAUGGAAAGAGCAGUCGCAUCUGGGUCGCGGUUUGCUCAGAACAGGGACAAUCGCCGCUUUGGCAAGAAACCGAUGACGGGUAAUAGGCGAUUUGUCCCACCGCCUAGGAGGAACAUCGGGAAGCCUAACCAUCAACCGAACGGAUUUGGGGCUGGCUUUCAAUAUGGGAGUUUGGAACACCAAAUUAAGAGUUGUCCCCAACAGCGCCCUUCAGGACCCCCGAUGCAACAACCACCCAGAGUUGGGAAUCAAGCCGGGAAUCCCUCACCGGCUAUUCAAGGAAGACCUCCCGCACAAGGCAGGGUCUAUGCAAUGGCACGUAAGGAUGCUGAGGAUGCGCCGGGCGUGGUCACAGUAUUGCUUGAAAAUAUGCUCUGUGUGUCGACCCCACUGCAUGAUAGGGUGUUAGUAUCGAUGGGGUGUCUUGGCUGUAAAAUUGUGAUUGGGGAUAGAGAAGAUAGAAUUGAUUUAGCUAUAUUGGCCAUGUAUGAUUUCGAUGUGAUCAUCGGCAUGGAUUGGUUGAUGAAACAGAAAGCCGUUAUGGAUUGCGGCAGUAGGAUGAUCCAGUUUAACCCGAUUGGACAUCCUAGGGUGUUCAAGGAGUUCUUAGACAUGUUCGUCAUAGUAUUCAUUGACGAUAUACUGGUGUAUUCGAAGAGCCCGGAGGAACACGAAGUGCAUUUGGCUGAGAAGGAGUUGAAUAUGAAACAGCGCAGGUGGAUGGAACUUCUGAAAGACUAUGACUGUGACAUCAUGUACCACCCUGGGAAAGCGAAUCGAGUAACGGAUGCGCUAAGUCGCAAGUCGAGUAUGGCGCACAUGAUGAUCAAAGAAUGGAGUUUACUAGAAAGGCUCAGAGAUUCAGAGUUUAAAUUUGAGUUGAGCCAUGUGUCGAACCUGUUGGCUACACUGAGAAUCGAGCCGGAGAUUCAGACCAAGAUUAAGGGCCUACAGUCCACGGAUCAGGAAAUUCAAAGGAUUGUGGAAAUGGAUGCCGCUACGAGGAAGUCAGAUUUUCAAGUGUCUGAUGAUGGGAUUUUGAAAUUUUGA